AUGUCCAAAACACUCAAAGACCAGCGCCGCGCGGACCUCAUAAUCCCCUACGUCCCCACCGAGCCCAAAGCCGAAGAAAAUGACAUUACCAGCACAAUCGGCUCCACCCUGCCCAUGGCCGCAAUGUUCACGCGCAACAAGAUGAUCGGCUGGACGGCCGUCGUGUUUGCCAUCCAGGGCUGGCUCAGCGAGACACCGGGCCAGGUCGCCAGCGGGAAGCAGCCAGCGUACUUUAGUGUCGGAAUGAGUGUUAUGGCUUUGGCAAUGAGUUACUUGCCGCUGUUUAUCCCGAGCAUGGGCAAGGCGGCGUCGAGUACUGCGCCGGCGCCGCCGGCUCCGGCUGCGUAG